AUGAGCAGACUUUCAGACUGCAGCAUCACUGAAGAAGGUUAUAAAGCUCUGGCUUCAGCUCUGAGAUCAAACCCUUCACACCUGAUAGAGCUGGAUCUCACAGGAAAUGAUCCUGGACAAUCAGGAGUGAUGGAGCUCAAUGAUUUACUACAGGAUGGACUCUGUUCAUUAAAGACCAUCAGGUUUUUGAAAAGUCCUGCUGCAGAGGAAGCGUGUGAGUAUCUCACUGGAGUUCUGGGUAAAAGUCCAUUACUACUGAAAGAACUGGAUCUGAGUGAAGAUAAAUUAGGAGAUCUGGAUGGGGAGAAACUCUCUGCUCUUUUGAUGGACUCUCAUAGCAAACUGGAGAAAAUAAUGCUGAAUAAUUGUGAUCUGACAGAGAAAAGCUGUUCAGUUCUAGCUACGGUUCUCUCCUCCAAAACCAUCCUGAAAGAGAUGAACCUGAACAACAGUCGUCUGCUGGACUCAGGAGUCAAAGAGAUCUGUGAGGGACUGAAGAAUCCUGUGUGUGAGCUGAAGAUACUGAAUCUGUGUGGAUGCAGAAUUACAGAGAAACAGUGUCUCAUCCUGAUUUCAGCUUUAAAAUCAAACCCAUCACACCUGAGAGAACUGAACCUGAGCUGGAAUCAAAUAAAAAACACAGGAGUGAAUCACUUAUGUGACGUACUGAAGGAUUCACACUGUAAACUGGAGAGAUUGAGGUUAAGAUGGUGUGAAAUGACAGAUGCAGGUUGUUCUGCUGUGACUUCAGCUCUGAAAUCAAACCCAUCACACCUGAGAGAACUGAACCUGAGCGAGAAUAAACUAGGAGACUCUGGAGUGAAAAACCUCAGUGAUCUACUGAUGAACACACAAUUCAAGCUGGAGAAACUAGAUCUGUGUAAUUGCAGUAUUACAGAGAAACAGUGUCUCAUCCUGACUUCAGCUCUGAAAUCAAACCCAUCACACCUGAGAGAACUGAACCUGAGCUGGAAUCAAAUAAAAAACACAGGAGUGAAUCACUUAUGUGACGUAAUGAAGGAUUCACACUGUAAACUGGAGAGAUUGAGGUUAAGCUGGUGUGAAAUGACAGAUGAAGGUUGUUCUGCUGUGACUUCAGCUCUGAAAUCAAACCCAUCACACCUGAGAGAACUGAACCUGAGCAGGAAUGAACUAGGAGACUCUGGAGUGAAAAACCUCAGUGAUCUACUGAUGAACACACAAUUCAAGCUGGAGAAACUAGAUCUGUGUAGAUGCAGAAUUACAGAGGAACAGUGUCUCAUCCUGACUUCAGCUCUGAAAUCAAACCCAUCACACCUGAAAGAACUGAACCUGAGUCUGAAUCAAAUAAAAAACACAGGAGUGAAUCACUUAUGUGACGUACUGAAGGAUUCACACUGUAAACUGGAGAGAUUGAGUCUUUCUGACUGUGGAAUUACAGAUGUUUCUUCUUUAACUCAGUCUUUGACGAACACAAAAGCACUGCAGUUUCUAAAAGAGCUUGAUCUGAGUUUUAAUAUGAUUGGAGACUCAAAGCAGCAGCUCAUUGAUGUGCUACGAGACUCAAACUGUAAACUGAGGUGAGUAAACUUCACUUUCUGAUAUUAAAGAGAUUCAUUUACCUCUAAUAUGUGAACAAAUAUAUACUUUCAAA